AUGAAAUUCUCUACUGCUUUAACAAUUUCUUCAAUUGCUUCUGUUGCUAUUGCUGCUCCAAGAGGUGACCAUCAUUCUGAUGUUCAUUUUGAAAAGAGAGGAAUGGUCACUGUCACUCAAUACGUCAAUGAAAAUGGUGCUGUGAUCAUUCCAGGUACAGAUGCUUCUGCAUCUCAAGCCACUUCCGUAGCUAUUGCAACUGCUACAUUGGCAGGCGCUACUACUUCAACUUCUGGUUCUUCAAAAGUUACAACCACUUUAUCACCUUCUUCCACUAGUGUAUCAUCAAGUGAUGAUUACUCUGGUGAUUUAACUGGAUCUUCUACUGGUUCUAAAUUUGAAGAUGGUACAAUUGCUUGUUCUACAUUCCCAUCAGGUUCCGGUGUCAUCAGUCUCGAUUGGUUAGGUUUAUCCGGUUGGUCUUCAAUCCAAGAUUCUGAUGCUAACAGUGUUACUUCUUGUGAGGAUGGCAGUUAUUGUUCAUACGCUUGUCAAGCUGGUAUGUCCAAGACUCAAUGGCCUUCCUCUCAACCAGAAAGUGGUGCAUCCUUAGGUGGUUUAGUCUGUAAAGAUGGAUUCUUAUAUAGAACUAAUACAGACACCGAUUACUUAUGUGAAUGGGGCGAAGGCACCGCUACUGCUUCAAACUCUAACAGUAAUGGUGGUAUUGCUCUAUGUAGAACCGAUUAUCCAGGUUCUGAAGCAAUGGUUGUUCCAACUUGGUUAGAAUCUGGUUCAUCUUCAAAACAAAUAUCUGUUGUCAAUGAAGAAACAUAUUAUCAAUGGGAAGGUAAGCAAACUUCCACUCAAUAUUAUGUCAACAAUGCUGGUGUCGCCGUUGAGGAUGGUUGUAUCUGGGGUUCUUCUGGUUCCGAUGUCGGUAACUGGGCUCCAUUAGUUCUAGGUGCCGGUUCUUCUGAUGGUAUUACUUAUCUAUCAUUAAUUCCAAACCCAAACAAUGAAGAUGCUUCUUCUGCUAACUUCAAUGUCAAGAUUGUUGCCACUGAGGGAUCUACUAUAAGCGGUGAUUGUUAUUUCGAAGAUGGUGUAUUCUCCAGUACAGAUGGCUGUACUGUCAGUGUAACUUCCGGUUCAGCCGAAUUCCAAUUCUAUUAA